AUGUCGAGACUCCACACAGGGGAGAGGCCCUAUGAAUGCCGUGAGUGUGGGAAAAGCUUCACUAGCAGCUCAAGCCUUUCUAAACAUCAGAGAAUCCACACAGGGGAGAGGCCCUAUGAAUGCUGUGAGUGUGGGAAAAGCUUUAUUACCAGCUCAGACCUUUCUAAACAUCAGAUAAUCCACACAGAGAAGAGACCCUAUGAAUGCAGUGAGUGUGGGAAAACCUUCACUAGCAGCUCAAGCCUUUCUAAACAUCAGAUAAUCCACACAGGGAAGAGGCCCUAUGAAUGCCGUGAGUGUGGGAAAACCUUCAAUCGCAGCUCAGCCCUUUCUCAACAUCAGAGAAUCCACACAGGGGAGAGGCCCUAUGAAUGCCGUGAGUGUGGAAAAAGCUUCUCUAUCAGCUCAGCCCUUUCUCAACAUCAGAGAAUCCACACAGGGGAGAGGCCCUUUGAAUGCACUGAGUGUGGGAAAACAUUCACUUACAGAUCAAAUCUUGUUCUUCAUAAGAGACUCCACACAGGGGAGAGGCCCUAUGAAUGCAGUGAGUGUGGGAAAAGCUUCACUCGCAGCUCAAACCUUACUGGGCAUCAGAGAAUCCACACAGGAGAGAGGCCGUAUGUAUGCAGUGAGUGUGGGAAAACCUUCAAUCACAGAUCACACCUUCUUACCCAUCUCAGAAUCCACACAGGAGAGAGGCCCUAUGUAUGCAGUGAUUGUGGAAAAAACUUCAUUCACCGCCAGCAGCUUAAUUGCCAUCAGAGAAUCCACACAGGUAUGCGACCCAAUGGAAGCAGUGAGUGUGGGAAAACCUUGUCUUGCCACUGAGCCCAUGUGAGCCAUCAGAGAAUCUGCAA